AUGGAGGCCAGAGCUCAGAGUGGCAGCGGGUCGCAGCCGUUGCUGCAGGCACCCCGUGACAGUGGCCGGCAGCGUGGGGAGCCCGACCCCAGGGAUGCCCUCCCCCAGCAGGUACACGUGCUGUCUCUGGAUCAGAUCAGGGCCAUCCGGAACACGAAUGAGUACACGGAGGGGCCCACCGUGCUCCCCAGAGCUGGGCUCAAGCCUGCUCCUCGCCCCACAGCCCAGCACAAACACGAAAGACUCCACGGGCUGCCCGAGCCCCGGCAGCCCGCCCGGCCCCAGCACCCGCCAGCGCACCCUUCGGCCAGGGCCCCUCUGGCCCGGUCCAUCAGCACAGUCAGCUCGGGCUCUCGCAGCAGCGCGAGGACCAGUACUAGCAGCAGCUCCUCCGAACAGAGGCUCCUAGGGUCCUCCUUCUCCUCGGGGCCUCUGGCAGACAGGAUCAUCCGAGUGCAGCCCAAGUCGGAGCUCAAGCCCAGUGAGCUGAAGCCGCCGAGCAAGGAAGACGUAGGACUGCACGCCUACAAGUGUGAGGACUGCGGCAAGUGCAAGUGCAAGGAGUGCACCUACCCGAGGCCCCUGCCGUCAGACUGGAUCUGCGACAAGCAGUGCCUCUGCUCGGCCCAGAACGUGAUCGACUAUGGGACCUGCGUGUGCUGUGUGAAGGGUCUCUUCUAUCACUGUUCCAGCGACGACGAGGACAACUGUGCAGACAACCCGUGCUCUUGCAGCCAGUCUCACUGUUGUACACGUUGGUCAGCCAUGGGCGUCAUGUCCCUCUUUCUGCCUUGCUUAUGGUGUUACCUGCCAGCCAAGGGUUGCCUUAAAUUGUGCCAGGGGUGUUAUGACCGGGUGAACAGGCCCGGAUGCCGUUGUAAAAAUUCAAACACAGUUUGCUGCAAAGUUCCCGCUGUCCCACCCAGGAACUUUGAAAAACCAACAUAG